CUUGUGGUAUUACUACACACAGAGUGGACCAGGCUGCCGGUCCCAGAUUGAAAGGGCAAGCAAGAAGCAUUGCCGGAAUGGGCUGCUAUCAUUUGCCUGUGGUGCCCGUUUUAUUAUUGUGUCUUCCCUGCUGCACCCGGAUCCGUGGUGCAGUCACAGUUCCCUCUGCCUUCACAAUGAGCUCCAAUCUCACCUCUGCACCACAAACAAACUCAUCAGAGAAAUCCACUUUGCCAAGUACAAAAGUCACAACAGCUGCUGGUCCCACCAAACAUUCAACAACAGGGACUGCCCCAAGUCCUGAUCCAUCUUCCUCUGCAGGUAGAUCCACAGCUCAGAUCACAACUGUUCCAGCGCAACGUUCUCUCUCACCAGCUGAAACGGCAGCUGAAACUGGCACUCCAUCCCAUGUGGCUUCCAGCACGACAGAAAAAAUCGCCACCUCCGUUAACACUGAGCCUACAUCUUUUAUCCAAAGAAGUGCAGUCACUUCAACAGAAUUCAUUUCCCCAUCACUAGCUAAGACCAUGGAUGAAAGUACCACCACUACUGGCACACCGCCAGAAAAGACCACGUCAACAGGCCUCUCUUCCAUCACCCCAUCAACUAAAAUCACAGGUCAAAACAUGAGGUCCAGUAGCACUGAGCCAACACUCAGCCAACAACCAACAAUGUCCCUUUUCUCUUCACUGCACGAGGCGACAGCUAUCACUGGCACUUCAGAAGCUGGAAACGCACAUUCUGCUACUUUGGAAGAAGAAACAAGCCCUACAGUCCUAUCUUCAGCCUCUCGAGACAAAGCCACACCCAACACAGAAUCUCUUGCUCCUUUGCAUACCAUAACCACAGCCAAAAGCAUUGCCAUCCCCAGCACUGAAGCAGAAAGAUCCAUGCAGGCAUCCGUCUCUUCCACGGAACAUCCACCGAUCUUCAGCACCACUGCAGAAGUCACCUCCAUAGCCCUUGCACCAUCACUCUCAACUGUUCCCCCUCCAUCCACAUUCUCUUCUGCAGCCCUGCAGCCCCGCACCAACUCACCUCGGACAGUUGCCGUUAGCAGCUCGACAGCUGGAAUGACCACCAGCCCUGGCGCUUUAGGUGAUGUGGCUAGCAGCCCUACACCUGAAAUCCCAGAGGCCAUCAGCGCUAUGAUAGUAGAAGCUAGCUCAAGAUCCCCAUCACUAGCUCCUCAAGAGGUAACCACAUUCGAAACCACAGAACGUAGAAAUCUGACUUCAACAGAGGAGACCACCACUGCUUUUUCAGAAGUGACCACCAGCCCUGCAGAAGAAAAGACCACCAGAUCAACAGGGUGGGAACCAACAAACCUGUUUUCAGCUGCUCCAGUUGGAAACACACCUGAACUCACAUCUUCUAGUCCCACUCCUCCACCUGCAGAAGAAUUGCUUGAAACCUCACCAGCUGUAACAACACCUGGAAGGUAUGCUGCCACCACCUCUAGGCCACCCAGGUUCCCCCUGGUAACUUUCCAUUCCACCUUCGCAGGUGAAGGCUCUCCUACCAUCAGCACCACGGCCAAAGUCACUUCCACACCUGUUGCUCCCACCAUUUCACUGCUCCAAACCACAACCAGCCCCAGCCUCACUACUACUACUACUACAGCACCAAAGGCAAGCUCAGCAGCCCAAUCCACCACCCCAUUGCUAAGCACAUUGCCAACCAUGGAUGUCACCGCAGCAGCCGACUCCUCCACCUCCAUCAGCACUGCCGGAGAAGACAAUAGCUCAAGGCUGCCAGCAUCCUACAGUCCAGAAGAAGCCACAUCUGCAGAAGGAACCACCACCCCAACAACAGUUCACCCUUCAUCCUAUCCUGGUGAAACAAGCGUUGAGCCUACACCUUUUAUCCAAAGAAGUGCCACCACUCCAACAGAAUCACUAGCUAAGACCACAGAUGAAAGUACCACCCCUGCUGGCACACUGGCAGAAGAGACCACGUCAACAGGACUCUCUUCCACCACCCCAUCAACUGAAAUCACAGGUCAAACAACAAGGCCCAGUAGCACUGUUCCAAAAGUAGCACUCGGCCAACAGCCAACUAUGUUCAUCAGCAUUGCAGUAGAAGACAAUAGGUCAAGGCUGCCAGGAUCCUACAGUCCAGAAGAAGCCACAUCUGCAGAAGGAACCACCACCCCAACAACAGUUCCUUCUUCCCAUCCUGGUGAAACCACCUCUGAGCUCACAACAUUUAUCCAAAGUUAUCAAGCCACUUCAACAGCAUCAGUAGCUGCAACCAAGGGUGAAAGUAGCAUUCCUGCUGUCACAUCGCCAAAACAGACCACAUCAACCACAACCGAGCUCACAACCACAACUGGAAGUUCCCCUGCCCUCACCUCAGGACCACAGAUGACCUUCACAACCACCUCCGGAGAUGAAGUUUCAUCUACUACCAGUAAAACUGCCAAGGUCACUUCAACAGUUGCUUCUUCCACCAUUUCACUGCUCAAAACUACAACCAGUCCCAGCCUCACUACAGCACUAAAGGCAAGCUCAGCAACCCAAUCCACCACCCCAUUGCUAAGCACAUUGGCAACCAUGGCAGCUGAGCCCUCCACAUCUGAAACUGCCGUGACUGCCACUAGGCUCAACACUUUCUCAGUCUCCGAUCUGUCUUCUUCUCCAGGAAAAUCCACAGCUCAGCUCACAACUGUUGUAGCACACGGUUCUCUCUCACCAACUGAAACGGCAGCUGAAACUGGCACUCCAUCACGUGUGGCUUCGAGCACGACAGAAGAGAUCAGCACUGCAGUAGAAGACAAUAGCUCAACGCUGCCAGUAUCCUACAGUACAGAAGGAACCACAUUUGCAGAAGGAACCACCACCCCAGCAACAGUUCAUCUUUCUUCUUAUCCUGGUAAAACGAGCGUUGAGCCUACACCUUUUAUCCAAAGAAGUGCUGUCACUCCAACAGAAUCACUAGCUAAGACCACAGAUGAAAGUAUCACCCCUGCUGGCACACUGGCAGAAGAGACCACGUCAACAGGCCUCUCUUCCACCACCCCAUCAACUGAAAUCACAGGUCAAACAACAAGGCCCAGUAGCACUGUUCCAGAAGUAGCACUCGGCCAACAGCCAACUAUGCUCAUCAGCACUGCAGUAGAAGACAAUAGGUCAAGGCUGCCAGGAUCCUACAGUCCAGAAGAAGCCACACCUGCAGAAGGAACCACCACCCCAACAACAGUUCAUCCUUUAUCCUAUCCUGGUGAAACCACCUCUGAACUCACAACAUUUAUCCAACGUUAUCAAGCCACUUCAACAGCGUUCUUCUCCCCAUCACUAGCUGCAACCAAGGGUGAAAGUAGCAUUCCUGUUGUCACAUCGCCAAAACAGACCACAUCAACCACAACUGAGCUCACAACCACAGCUGGAAGCUCCCCUGCCCUCACCUCAGGACCACAGAUGACCUUCGCAACCACCUCCAGAGGUAAAGCUUCAUCUACCACCAGUAAAACUGCCAAGGUCACGUCAACAGUUGCUUCUUCCACCAUUUCACUGCUCAAAACCACUACAGCACCAAAGACAAAAUCCACAGCGAAACCCACCACCUCACGGCAGGCUACCAAACGAACUACAAACGUCGCAAGGGCAACUGGCGUCACCACAUCGUCAAAAAUGGUGACCAAAAUUAUUAAGCGUCCAAUUUCAGCGCCGGCUCCUUCAGCAGCUCCAGGUGGAACCAAGAGGCCCGCUCCAAGGCCUUCCUGCCCUUCUCUACCUCCGGAUACAGGUGGGACCCAGGUCAUCUUGUCAAUGGGCUUGACCACUACCCUGAAUAUCUCAGACCCCACAACCCAAGAGAUGGUUUUGAACAAGCUGAGUCACGACCUGAACGCCAAAUUCCCCUGCGCUGCCUUCAGUGUGAAAUGGAUAGAGCAGAUGAAGUAAAGCUCUAAAAGACUCACGGCAGCCGCUGGCCAAUCAGAAAUGAAGGCAGAAUGAGUCCCACUAAAGGAGAAGGAGAGAUUCUGUAGCAGCUGAGCUCCAGUUCUGAUACAAGAGUGUCAACUGAUUCUGUUUUUCCAUCACAUGCAAAUGGAUAUCUCUAAGUGCAGACCCCUUGCUUGCAAAGCUUGCUGCUUAUGCUUAUCAGCAAAUGGACCAGAGAGUUGGCAUAGCACUGCGGUGAAGAGACUGAGCUACAUAUCCAGAAGGUCAUUGGCUCAAAUUUCACUCCUGCCAUGAAUUCACCAGGGGUCCUGAGGCAAGCCCUUUAUCUUCAAUGUACAGUAUUGGUUGUUUUGGGUGCUAUGUUGUGCCAGUCCUUCAGAAACAACCACACCCUUGCCUCUAAUUGGCUAGAUCCUUUUUCUUAAGAGGCUAGAUCUCGAAUUGGCUAGAUCCCUUCUCUUAAAUGUCAGUCACUGCUAUGACUCCUUCCAUUGGCCAAAACGUUGAAAGGUGAGGGAAGGCUAGUUUCUGGCGAAACUAAUGAGGGAAAAAAUCACUUGCACAUGUUGCCUCACGUAUCAGGCGC